GUUUCGAUGAAGGACCCGACAACAUGUGGAACUGCAUGAACUGCCGAGAAGACACAUCUCAGAUUGUAGACAAGCAGUCUUGUUAUUGUUAUUAAAACUAGCGUAGAUAUUUUAAGUUUAAGCCCAUUGCGUUUGAACUUGAAUCAAAAUGUCAUGUUUUAGUGGUGAACUCAACUUUUGUCCAGAAUGUGGGAACAUUCUUCCAGUGCCUGGUAGGGAAAACACUAUUACCUGUCCUCGGUGCUCUUUCAAAAUCCCUGUUCGAGAUUUCACAAGACAGGUUAUUAAGUCAUCGGUGGUGUUUAAUCCUUUGGAUCAGAGCUCCAUUGUUGCUGACAGCGAAGAGGGAGCUGAACUGAAGGGGCCAGUGAUUGACAGGAAAUGUUCUCGCUGUAAUAAAGAAGGAAUGGUUUAUCACACAAGACAGAUGAGAUCUGCAGAUGAAGGACAGACCGUCUUCUUCACAUGCAUACACUGCAGGUUCCAAGAAAAGGAAGAUUCAUGAGAAAAUUGCUGCUGCUGUUAUUUACAUUUAUUGGUUACCAGAAUUCAAAUAUUGUGAAAUAUUAAAUAUGCUUUGUACAUAUCUUCAAUGUUGUUAAAAAUAAAAUAAAAAAUAGUAAAAAUGUGUGCGUA